AGUGUGCUGUCGUACUGCGUUUUCAGACUUUCACUAUUUCUGAGAUACGGUUCUUACAGCAUUACCAGCUUCUGCAAAAGUGCAUCGUGUCAUUCCACGAAUGCAUUUUUCGACCUCACUCCUUUUUUGUACAUAUUCAACCAUAAGUUAAUCUUAUGGUCAUACAGGUUAAAUCUGAGAUUCAACCUAUAGUUGUCUCAAUGUUUUUUCUUUAGAAGAAAUCAAGUUUCAGUUAUUUACGAGUAUGAACAAACUGUUGUCUUGCAGGUUCACCAGAGGCUCGUUGUGUCAGUGUCAGGGAGAAGAAAGAAAAAAGGUCGAUUCUGCCCUCGUUUUUGGGAGGGCAACGGACUCUAUAUAUAAGCCAGGGCCAGUCAAACGCCAACGACCCCCUCUUCCCUCCAACUUCCCAAAUCCCAACCCAACGGCGACACCAAGCUUGGGCACUCGAGCUCGAGUGGAGGCGAUGAAGGGGGGGCUGCGGUUCCUCUCGCCCGCGAGGCCGUCGCGUGUCUCCUCCGAGCGCGGCGAUGGUCGCGGCUUCGGCUCGCCGACAUGGUCCUCUCCGCUGGGAACGCUGCUCGACUCGCCCUCAUCGUGCGUUUCCGAGGGCCGCGCCUGCGAGGACGGGGUCUCGGGCUUCAGCUCGCCGACAUGGGGAUCGCCACUGGAGAAGCUAUUCAACACCCCCUCAUCGGGCGUCUCCGACGACAGCCGUGUCGGUGGCAAUGGCUCCGGGUUCAGCUCGCCGACAUGGGGGUCACCGCUGGAGACGCUGUUCAACUCGCCCUCAUCGUGCGUCUCCGACAUCCGUGGUGGCGGCAACGGCUCCGGGUCCGGGAUCAUCAGCACGCCGAAGCAGGCGUCGCCGCUGGGGAUGAUGUUCGACUCUCCCUCAUCGUGCGUCUCCGACAGCCGUGGCGGCGGCAACGGCUCCGGGUCCGUGUUCAGCACGCCGAAGCACGCGUCGCCGCUGGAGACGCUUCUCAACUCGCCGUCAUCGUGCGUCUCCGACAAUCGCGGUUGCGGAAACAGCUCUUCGCUCAGGGUCUCGAAGGAGCGGGACGGCGAGGUGCAGAAGGCGGAGAUGCUCCUGCGCGCGAUCACCGAGCGCUACAACGGCUGCUUCCUCCACCUGCGCAACGCCACGGCCGAGCUCGCCGACCUCCGCCGCGAGCGCAUCCGCCUCGGCGCCGAGAACCUGCACCUCUCCCACCUCCUCGAGGAGCUCGUGGUCGCCGAGCAGAGCAAUCAAGCAUCCGCGGUGGCUCUGACACCGUCGCUGAAGCCCGUGCAGGCUGAAGCAGCAUCCGGAUGCGCCCCGAAGAGCAUCUCCAUACGCUCGAAGAGCUUCAUCUCGCCGAAGCAGCCGCUGCGCGAGAUCCAACCACAGCGCCUCCGUGUUCGCGCGUCCCCGGCGAAGGAGGAAUGGCGAUGGCAGGACACAGGGGGCAAGGAGAAGGAUGACGGGGAGGUGGAGAUGGAGGCGUACGGGCAGGGUGCCCUGAAGACGGAGCUGUGCAACAAGUGGGAGCGCGGCGCGUGCCCCUACGACGGGCGGUGCAGGUUCGCGCACGGCAUGGAGGAGCUGCGCCCCGUGAUCCGCCACCCCCGCUACAAGACCCUCGCGUGCCAGUUGUUCGCCGCCGCCUCCGGCUGCCCCUACGGCCACCGCUGCCACUUCCGCCACUCCCUGCCGUCCACUGCCGAGUCCUGCUAGGCCGCCGGCGACCUUCCGCCACCUGCUGCUGCCGCGUAAGCGCAAUGCCUCUUCUAUCCUCCUGCCUGUCAAGUUCCGGAGCUGCUUCGCCUGUCAUUCAUACUAGAUCAGUUAUAGCUUAAAUAAAGUAGCAUCAUGCUGCAUGCAUUUUGUUGUUAUGAUCAAUUUAGCUCAAUAAUAUUGUAAAAGUUGCCAAGUGUUGGGCCAGUGAUGAGUUACGGUUGACGGGCCAAACGGGCAGAGAUUCGCUGACAAAAGAAGAUGGGCCAAAUUGGCCGUGUAUGUCGUGUUAUCGCUGACAAAAGAAGUGGCGCGCGUUGUGUCAUGGAAUAGCCCAUUGUAAGGCUUUGUAUGUUGUUAUUUUUUUGAAAAAAUAUUUGUAUGUUGUUAUUUGACUUAGACAUAUUGUACAUUAAAUCUGAAUACUACU